CUUUGAAUUUUUGUUUUCAGCUGUCGUAUUGUCAACAUGUACAAAACAUUAUUACAUGUAUGUCCGUCGUUCUGGAUUGGUGUGUAUCUUGGAAUGGAUGGCAUGCACUUGCUUCCAGAUGUAAAUCAGUGAAGAGCCUCAAAUAGCUGCCUUGUGUAUUCAGUAUUUGCCCCUAGUGGGGAGCCUGUCAAUCGCUUUGAUUGAAAGAGAGUUAUUGUAUAGUAGUCUUUUGUUUAUUGUAUCGGAUGAUAAAGUCAGCUGGUCUUGGAGUGUGGAAUGGAGGACAGUCUCGUGGACUAUUUUGCUGUUAUUGGCGUCAAAACAGCAACUUCUGAAGCGAUCCCAGAUUCUGUCGAGUCCCAUGUGUCGCCGGUAGUGCUACAGCGUUUUCCUGCUGAGGAUAUUGAUGACUGCCCAUUUCCUGGUGGCCUUGAAGUGCUGUGUCAUCCGCAGGGUUGGACAGUGUCACAUGAACCCAGCGAUCCAACCUUCUUUGUAUUCACGCUGACCGAUGUCAAUGGCAAGUUUUCCUAUUGCGCUGUGCUGACCUACUAUGAGCACCUGGACACCGUAGGUGACACUGUCUCGCAUCAGUCAACCAUCUCGUCCACUUCCAACGGUUUGGGUGGCGACACACUGGCUGCUGACGUCGAUGUCGUCUCGUCCUACGUACCGAAAUGCCUGUGCGUGCUGUCACGGCAUCCCCUGUACGGUGCCUUCCGGACUCUGCUAUGUUCCAUGUACUGUACAUUGGUGACGCAGCCGAUGGUCCUGCCUCAACUGGUGUCGCAGAUAGCAUACAGCUUAGUUGUGCCGCCCAGGACCAGACCAGUGCCAGCACUGCAGUAUCAGUUAGUGUCUGGUCACACACUAUCAGUGGCAUGUCACGAUGACUGGUCACCGCCCUUUGCCGAUGGAAGCGUCCUGCUACUCUUCCAGCUGCUAGGCAUUCGUAAUGUCCUGCGCUUGGUGGCAGCUUUGUUAGCUGAGAACAAGAUUGUGUUUUUGUCAUCACAUGUAUCCCAUCUUCAAGCUGCGAGCAGUGCCAUGCUCAGCUUGCUCUAUCCCCUGAAAUUCAGCUAUCCACUGAUUCCAGUUCUACCGGCAACGAUGGACGACUUCAUGGCUGCACCAACUCCGUUCAUCAUGGGCCGUCUUGCCGAUGUCCCGUUACCUGAAUCAGCAGAGCCGGAGCUGAUUGUUGCAGAUUUGGACCAGGGCUGUGUGAAAGUUGGUGCGGAUAUUCCACAACCACCUAGCUGGGGCAGUGUGACAGAGAGCUUCCUACUGAAAGCCUGCACCAUGGUGCUGCACCCAUCAUGGCUGACCAGUGAUAAUGCAUUCACGCAAGCUACAUCGGUGUCCAGUCCGGAACGGCAGGAGUACGAGCUGCGUGCCAUCUUUCUCAACCUGUGGGUGUAUUGGCUAUGGGGCUAUCGCAAUUGCUUGACUGUGCAGCGUAUACACGAGAACUUCUCUGUGAAGUUCAUGCAGGAUGAAUUCAUGCGUCUACGCCACCUGCAGAGUGACGACGUCUUGCGAAAGGUAAUGGACUCUCAAGCGCUGGUCAGUUUCAUACAGGACCGAGGAUCUCCGUAUCGUCUGAGCGAUUUCUUCGACAAGGCUGUAGGCAGUGAACAGUGCCCAGUGCUGAACUGCCCUGAUGCGGCAUUGCGCAAUAUGAUCAAGGACUUGACUGGCCACUUCCGAUCAGAGGAAGCCACUGUAUUCUCAUUGCCCGACAGGGAAGUGCGAGAGCAUGCAUCCUUUCCCAACAUCAGAAAUGCAACAGUGGACGAGUGGAAGGUAUCAUAUGUUGAGCAGGCGAACACGCAUAGGCAGACAUGGAAACGACACUUGCCUGAACCAAGGAUUAUUGCACAUGGACCUAAGCUCAGUGCUUCCCAGUCCGAUGAGAUAUCACUUAGCCAAGACAUUGCUCUUCUCAAGUCCUGCUUCAAUGCCAUCUUUGAAGAUCAGUCGGAGAGUGAGGCAAAUGCUGUUCUGAGAAGUCUGAUGCGCUCUCUCAAGUCACCCUGCAUACGCCUAGAGCUGGCUGAACAGCUAGACGCAGCACGUAGCAAGUAUGGGACUGCUCUGUCGGCGCAGCAGUUCUCUGUGCUCUCCAAGCUGGUCAACCGAGCCCUGCAAGCUGACUCUGGACCCCAGUCCGUUGGUCUGGCGGAGUUGCUUCUCCGUGUGGUCACCUCUUUUCAUACAAAACUGCCAUCCGGUACUGAGCAGUGUCUGUACACUGCGUGUCAGAGUAAUGUCAUCUGGAAGGAAGCAUCCUUCUGGUCCAGAGCGUUCUAUGCAUCAGUGCAGCAGCAUAUUGUAUCAAUGUACAUCAACCUAGCUGAAAAGGAAGAUGACGACGAAGAUGACGACGACGACUCACCCCAAGUGCCCAGGAAAGACUUGCCUGGCGGUGCUACCAGCCCCGGAUUUUCUUAUGACGUGGUGCCACCGUCAGCUGGCAGCGGGACGAUGACACUGAAGCGUCAGACGCUCCGUCCUCGUACGGCGUCAAAGGCUAGCGCUGACACCGUCUCACAGACGUUGACGCGCAACUUCAGAUUUCCAACAGUGGUCUCCAUCGAUGCAGAGAAUGCUCCACGCAAUCUCUCCGCGUCCUCUUCACCGAUGGAACUGGUGGCAGAGCAGUUACGCCUGUGGCCACAUCUCAAUCCCGCGCGUCAAGAAGAGCUUUCGGCCAUGGAGGAAGCAACUGUUUUUGCGCAGGCCAUUCUCUUCGCAUCCCGUAUGGUCUGGUUACAGCUACCCAUGGACAUAUCCGAUGACAAGCGUGAUGAUGCCAGCAAGGAAGUGGUCAACUUUGCACAGCGGUUCUUUUCUGGGAAAGCAGCUACUCUGGGAAUCAGUCCUGACCACUCUCAGGUUCUCCAGGACAGGAUACCUCAACUGGUCACCAUGCACCGUGAAGACUUGGAUUCCAUUGUGGAGGCUGUGGCCUUGCGUCGCUCUGAAGAAAAGGAGCGUAUGUUCAAGCCUGAUCUCCUCGAUCGUGAGACCCUGUACUCGGAAAACGUGCAUUGCUUUCUGUUACCAGAUGGCCGUGAUGUGGGUCUGGGUGUUCUCCCUGAUGGUCCUCUUCUUCUUCCAGCGGAGGGUGUGCUCUUCAUUUCUUCCUAUCGUAUCAUAUUCAAGGGAACACCACUGGAUUGCUCUGCUGGCGAUGGUAUGAUCACGCGAACCAUGCCGCUGGCUGCCAUUUUCCAGCCGAAGAAACUCUCGCUGACUGGUUUACCGUUCGGCAGUGAUGGCCUCCUGGUCCAGUCCACUACCUUUCAGGUAAUGCGACUGUGCUUCAGUUCCAAUGUCUCCACAAUGGAGGUUGAUCGCAUCAUCGUGUUGCUGGAGCAGAUGCGUUUCCCGUCGAUUUCCGAUCGCCUCUUCUGCUACAGCAAAGACAGGCCGUCUUCCCAUCGUUUACAGCACAGGAAUCAAUCACUGAAACACGAUCCGGACUCAUCUAUUGUACCAGCUGACUCUGCACCAAAGGUAAUGCGACGCGGUGAUAGGUGGACAGUUGCCAAUGCCGAUUCCGGCCUGGAUAAGGAAUAUGGCCGUUUAAGACUGGAUGUAUCAGGCUUGAGUAAAGGUGACACGGCUGGCAAGUGGCGCAUGUCGCUGGUGAACCGAACGUACCGUGUUUGCACCACCUACCCGUCAACAGUGUGUGUGCCAGCGUCGUGUUCAGAUGAGCAGGUCACUGGCGUUGCACAGCACUUUCAGCAGGAUCGCUUCCCCGUGGCUGUGUGGCGCAGUCCCGACAAUGGUGUUGUCAUUCUUAGGUCUGGUGCACCAUUUCGACGUUCUAAGGAUAUGCCUGGCAUUGUUAGUCGUCGUUCCGAUAGCGGAUUUGAUGUAACUGGGACUGGGAUAAAUGAUGACAGUCCACCAACCAAGUCAACAAAGUCACAGUCCAAGUCUGCCCAAGACAAUAUGAUUUCAGCUGAUGUGAUUGCGUAUCUGAAGCUAUGCUGCAGUCCACGACGGCGCAGGAACACAUCGGUGAUUCCGCUGUCACAACGUCGGGGCAAUUCAUUAGAUAGUGUGGUCAGUCCCAGCACCUCAUCCCGCCCCGUGUUGGCGUCCGCUCCGGCCAAGGACGUGUCGCCUAUGCAGUCGAGUUGGGGGCGCGAUGACGGAUUGAUGAUCCGCGAGCCUCUCCUGACUCAGGCCACUGAGGCGAGUUCCUCGGUUUUGGCACCGUCCGAUGUUUGCCCUCUCUACAUUAUAGGCAGCAAGCCACUGUCAGAGGAACUAGCCCCCAUGCUCAGCUUGCAGCUUGUUUUCUUGCCUGUGGAGAGUCCGGAUGUGCGUGCCAUCCGCCACAGCUUCCGCAAGCUGGUGCGUGCGUGUGCGCCACCAGAAGCAGGCAGUGAGUCUAGUCAUUUCUACAGUGCUGUGGAGGAGAGCGGCUGGAUGGAGCAGUUGCAAUGUAUCAUGCGCCUGGCCGGUGCUGUGGUGGACCUGGUUGACGUGCAGUGUUCACCAGUACUAGUCUGUCUAGAGGAUGGUUGGGACGUCACACCACAGGUGACGGCUCUAUCACAGCUCUGCUUAGAUCCGUACUACCGUACCGUGGAUGGGUUUGAAGUGCUGAUCGAGAAGGAGUGGUUGUCACUGGGCCAUCGCUUCUCGCGCCGUGGUCAGCAUGUGGAGGCCGAGGCCAAUGAAGAGUUUGCUCCCGUCUUCCUGCAGUUCCUAGACACCGUGCAUCAGUUGUUGCUCCAGUUCCCACUUAGCUUUGAAUUCAACCAUCACUUCUUGGAGUUCCUGGCCUACCACCAGAGCGCGCUGAGCUACUCCACGUUCACGCUGGAUAGCGAGAUCGAACGCAUCUCAUUGAGCACAAUGGACAAAGACGGUCGUCGCAAGACUGGUCGCAGUGUUUGGCGACACAUCAGGCGUCAGUGGUCCUACUCGCCUGUGUUCUGUAACCUGAGCUACAACCCGAACUCCACCAAAGUGCUGCGUCCCUACUCUGGCAUUAGUGACUUGCGACUGUGGCAGUACUACGUACGCGACUCGCUCACCAAUCCCACGCGCUAUGAUAUUGAACCAGAGUCGACUCCAUUCCCGACACGCUCCUUCAAGGAUAUGGAUGCGAGCACAUCGCUCAUGGCAACGCACGGUCUUCCAUUCACCGCUCGCAAUGUUCUGGAGUUGCCCGUGGCCAAUGGUGAUGCGUUGCUGGUUGAUCAUAUCAGUUGUCUGCUGUGUGAACAUCGGCGGUUGUCCAGCUUGGUGUCUGACAAAGCCUCACCGUGGCAGAAGACAUGGCGUGCAGAGCUGGCAGCUGCGCGUACUCAUCGAACAGAGGAAAGGGAACGUGAAGUAACGCUGGCCAAGUCCCACAGCUUGCACCAGCAUCGCCGAACGUCAGUUGAGGUGCUUCUGAAGGGCAAGCUGACUGGCCAGGCUCAGCAGGCAUUCUCCUACCCACAUCGCUUUGUCAUGCACUCCUUCAAGACACCCACUGUGUGCGACUCCUGCAAGCAGUUGAUGUGGGGUGUCAUUCGCCAAGGCUUGCAGUGUGCUGACUGUAGCUACAACUCUCACUACCGCUGUAAGCUGGUUGCACCGUCCAACUGCAAUGAGUUCAAGCGUGGCAGCAGCAGCACCAGCAGUGCUGGAGGUAUUGGCGUGGGUUCUAACAGUGAGGAGCCAGUCUUUACCUCAGCACCGGCUAAACCACCAACAGCACUGGCAAGGGUGACCGAGUCGCUGCUAGCACCACUCAAUCCAGACUCUGAUCCCGGCGCAUUCCGUGCGCGCUCCGCAUCCUCCAUGUUCUACAUGCAACCAACGGCAGAGAAGUUUCACGAGGGAUUUCUCUACAAGCGCGGUGGCAUACGCAAGAACUGGAAGAUGAGAUGGUUUGUCCUGAACAGCGAGGGCAUGGAGCUGUGUUACUACAAUGCCUUCCAGGAGACUCACUUGCGAGGCACCAUUGACCUGGAGGAAGUAGCCGAGGUCAACAAAGCCCCUGUGGCUGCAGGAGCACCACUGCAGGAGAAUGGAGCGGUGGGAUCGUUCUUUGAAAUCGUGACGCCCAAGAGAACAUUCCUGUUGAUGGCCACCAAUGACGAGCUGUGCCAAAAGUGGAUGGGGGCUAUCAAUGGUAGCAUUCAGCUGCAACGCAACCUGAUCGCGCAUCCAUCCUCUUCAGGCACAUGAUACCGGUAAUGAUUGUUGAGGCGAGAUUGUUUAUUUUAUUUUUUUAUGACUGUAACCGUGGUCACAAUAUCACCGUCGUUUGUCUGCAUGACAUGCUUCUUCUAUGCUGUUAACCGAGAAAAAACUGUUUGCGCUGGUUGUAGUUCGCAAUUUGUGAGCGCAGCCUUGUAGCUAGAGCUUGCUCCUGGACAUGUUUGCGACUGGAGUAAAAAAAAAUAGUUUUUCCACUUUUUCUACCCUUCGCCUUGCUUCGGAUCAUGCCAGUUUACUUUUGCAAUCAAUGAUUUCACACCCAUUGCACAAAACGAGAAUGUUUCCAGAAUUAGAAGUAAGGUUUCCUGUUGUUUUUAGUAUCAGUUUGCUGGUUUGGGACAUUCCGACAGAAUAUAUCUUGCAUAAUUAUAUCUUCGCAUUCAGCCACUGCAAUAUAGGGUCACCGAAAAAUAAUGAUAAUUCUGUAGGUCAUUGUUAUAUUUUACGGUCUUACCAUGUUGUAGAUUACCCCCACUCCCCUUUCAUACCUGACCAGGGUGUCCUCACACAGAGUAUUUGUUAGUAUUCGUUUUGUUCAUAUUUUUCCCGUAGGUUUUCUGUAUUCUCUGUACAUUUUGUACAAUUUUUCCUGGUUUUGUGCAAAUCAUGCAGUGAACAUUGCAAAUAAAUACAAAAAAUUUGAAAUAAAAUUAUUGUGUAAACAAA